GCAUUCCGUCCAUGAGAGACACCUUAACGAACCCUGUCCACGUGUACGAAGGAGACGAUGCCCUCAUAACAUGUGUGGUGAAAAACAUAGGACAGAACACCGUCAUGUGGAAAAAGGAAGACAAAGAGAGAUACAGUACAAGAGUGUUGACAGCAGGAGAAAGUCGCGUGACGGCCGACAGGCGAUACGGGGUGUUGCACGAUUCAGACCAAUCAGAAGAGAAUUCGGACAACCCUUCCGAUCUGCCUUCUGGAGGAGAUGUAUGGGUAUUGGUAAUUGAGAAUGUCAAGCCCACCGAUUCAGGAGUCUACGUCUGUGAGGUCAAUAGCAACCCUACCGUAAGGAGCUUCCAUAAAUUGAGUGUAAUAUCCAAGUCGAUGCUACCGCUGAACCACACAAUGACUGAUGUAACCAUUCAAACAGAUGACCAAAGACAACUGAGUAGCAAAAACCAUAAUUACACUGACUGUUGCAUAGCUAAGAAUGUUUCGUCAUCGUGUAUUGGAUUUUGCAACAUACAGAGUAUUCUAGAAGGUACAACUGGUCAGGAUCCUGAACAAUGCGAAACUGAUUUUCCAGCGAUUGUGAGUUGCAUGGCAGACGGAAGAAAUCACGUACCUUGUUGUAUUCAGGAGAGGGUCCCGGAUAUUUGUCAGGACGUCUGCAGAGGAGAAUAUACAGCGAUCACCGACGACAUCAGAACACACUUUUCCUGUUCAUCAUUCACCGAACAAACACUUGCUUGUAUUGUGGAAGGAAUCGAGCUUCUCCCAAGUCCACCUGAAAUUCUCGAAGUGGAAGCUCUAACUGAGAAAUCCAUCAAAGUGGAAUGGUCUUGGCCUGUAGCGAACACAGAAACAAUUACUGAGUACGAUGUGAACGUAACGUCUUUGAAGAGUUUUGAUGAGCGAAUUUUGACACCUGAAGAAGAAACAACGAAAAAUACUAACUUAGUGAGAAAAAGAGUUUUAGUGAAAGUGCCAGCCAGUCAGAAUAUGACUAUUUUACAGGACUUGACUCCGUUUACGAUGUAUGAAAUUUCAGUUACCGCUGUGAAUCGUCAUGGUACGAGUCUUCCAAGUUACACAAUGCGUACUCUAACCCUCACCACCGGCCAUAUGAAAAACACAAGAAUUGGACAAGCUCCUAACCUGCCUGACGUCAAAAGUUGUUGCACCAAUAAAGGCAUCGUUCACAAAACGUGCAGGAGUAAGCUAUGCGAUCCAACAGUGGUGUCUUCCGUUGAAAUCACAGACCUGAUGAUCUGUGCUCCUUGGGCAGCUGACACUUUUGGAUGUCUGGCCAAUGGUAUAGACCACACUCCAUGUUGCAAAGCGAGAGGAUUGCCGGAAAUAUGCCAACAAUUGUGCACAGGAAAUGUGUCCAGCCUAGACUUCAACUACUUCAAGUGUCUUCGAUACAUGGGAGAAUACAACAACUGCCUUCUUCAAGGCUACGGUGUUCUACCCAGUGCUCCAACUGGUCUUUACGUCACCAACAUAGAAACUGAAUUCGCAGUUCUCCAUUGGUCUUUACCGAAAACACUGGGAGAUACCGUACUAUACUACAAUCUUCAUCAGAGGCUGGUUGAUGACGACACUGAGGAUUAUAAAACUAUACAGAAAGUUCAAAGUCCCCAUAUUUUGGGGGGCCUCGAAAGUGAAACAGAUUACGAGAUUUAUGUGGAAGCCGUGAAUGUGCACGGUAUCGGUAUGCCCAGCAGCAGGUUAACUUUUAGGACUGAAAGUAAGGUAAGUUCCCAAAGAAUCGAGCAGCGUUAUUUUUACAACACCACCGCUUGCUGCGAAAAAGCCCAACUCAACACACUGUGUAUGCCUCUCUGCUCUGAGGGUGUAAAAAUGUCAGAUAUCAAGGCAUUGGCGAGCGUCUGCAGCGGAGAAUUCCACAAAUUGCUCAAAUGCGAAGUAGGGGGUAGGAACCAUGCCCCGUGUUGCAGUCGUCGUGGGGUACCUGAUAGUUGUUUACCAAUUUGCAAAGGAGUACUGUUGUUUUCGUCUACUUGUUACCCAUAUAUAGGAAAUAUGGCACUAUGUUUCGACGAAGGAAAUGGAUUGAUACCUGGUCCUAUAUCAGCUCUACAUGCGGUUAUAGUGGACGAACAUACGAUUUUAUUGGAAUGGAAUGAGCCAGAAAACUCAACAAACAUAACCGGAUAUGUGAUACAUUACCAAAGAGUAGAUAAUACAUCCACGCAUGGAACUCCUCUCGUACUAGAAAAGCAAAUGAACGCAACUGAAACUACUGCGACAAUUACUAAUUUGGAAGAGAAUAAAAUGUACCAGAUGUUCGUAGUAGCAGUGAAUGAAUACGGCACUUCUUUACCGUCAUCUAUAAUUAUGAUAAAUUUAGUCAAAUCUGACCAAACCAAGUGGGUGAAUGGGGUCACAUCACCACCUCAUUCCUUGGCAGUUGCAAGUCACAGUGCUACAUGGGUUACCAUUACAUGGCAUCCCCCCGAGUUCAGUCAUCCAUUAGAUAUCGUGACUUACAGGUGUCUUCGAUACAUGGGAGAAUACAACAACUGUCUUCUUCAAGGCUACGGUGUUCUACCCAGUGCUCCAACUGGUCUUUACGUCACCAACAUAGAAACAGAAUUCGCAGUUCUCCAUUGGUCUUUACCGAAAACACUGGGAGAUACCGUACUAUACUACAAUCUUCAUCAGAGGCUGAUUGAUGACGACACUGAGGAUUACAAAACUAUACAGAAAGUUCAAAGUCCCCAUAUUUUGGGGGGCCUCGAAAGUGAAACAGAUUACGAGAUUUAUGUGGAAGCCGUGAAUGUGCACGGUAUCGGUAUGCCCAGCAGCAGGUUAACUUUUAGGACUGAAAGUAAGCCUCCCACAGUACAUCCCAUCAACCUGGUUAUAGAAGGAAGUAGCAUGACCAUUCUUUGCAUCGCUAUGGGUACUCCAAUGCCUACGAUUUCCCUUUAUAUAUCUGGAAGACUCGUGCGACAAGAAACAACCAGACAUAUGGUUACAGUCAUUCACAACGUUACCAAAGAUAUGGACCAGCUUUCCUGUUACGCAGAUAAUGGAUACGGAACGCCGAUGCAGGCUUCUAGGAAAAUAACAAUUAGUCAUGGACCGCACAUUCAGGCGAGUGGUAUAACAAUGACAACUUUAGGAGACUCAGUUACUCUCGAAUGCAAAGUAGAAGCCCAGCCGGAACCAAAAAUGAUAUUCUGGCGGAACCACGAAGAACGCUCCCCUGUGAUACAAGGUGGAAAAUAUGACAUCAGCACCCGACCCAUGAAAGAUGAGGUAGAUAAGUACGUUAUGCAACUUACUAUCAAACAAAUCCAGGAUGCGGAUGUCGGGGAAUACUACUGUCAUGCGGAAAACGCAUUUGGUAGUUCAACCAAACCUGUCUCUGUGCGAAUCAGAAGUCUGGCAGCAUACAAUAAUGUGACUCAAUGCUGCAUCGAACAAAAUGUUACUAGCUCUUGUAUGGAUGCCUGUACGUUGUACUUGGAUAUUGAUGCUGUUAUCGAUAAGCCUGAGUGUAUUCAAGACUUCGAUAAACUGAUGAAGUGUGCGGCAGAUGGAUCGGACCACAGAAGUUGCUGUGCCCAGCAGAAUGUACCCAGGAGAUGUUUAGAUUGGUGUCGGGGAGAACCUGUGUUGAAUAAUAAGAUCUGUGUUUUGUCGUACACGAAAGUGAUCAUGAGCUGUUUCCAUGAAGGAAGGGACAAACUUCCUGGACCACCCCAAAACGUUCAUGUUGAUUUCAUCGACUCUCACUCAGUAGAAAUAAUUUGGGACCCGCCAGCCAAAAAUGCUCACACAGUCGAAUUGUACAGGGUGAUCAUCAAAGGCAUAGAUUCGCUUGGCAGAGACAGUUUCAAAGAGGAUACCUCGGAUACCCGUAUCAAAAUACAAGACCUUACUGCUGGAGCAACAUAUCAAGUAGUAGUGAAAGCGGGUAACAGCAAGGGCACAUCCACUCUAACCGAUCCAUUGAAAUUCACAAUGGGAGACAAAUAUAUAACUUCUGCAGCCAGUCAAGAUGAUCAAAACGGUCACGUGGGAGUCAUAGUCGCAGUGAUAUUGGCUCUAGCAGUUGUAACUGCUAUAUUUGCUGGUGCCGUGUGGUUUGUUAGAAACAAGAAGAUGUUGGGAAUAAAAAAUUCUAACGGAAUCGCCUUCGAAAAUCCAAGUUAUCUAAGAGAAGUUAAUAUGGAUCACAUACAGGUGCCAAAUGGUCAGUCUGAAUCCGUACCCAUUUCUAACGGUACAGCCAAUGGUAUUUCCGUAUCAUCUUCUUCAGGAGGGCCGGGUUGGAAAAAUGAAGCCCUUCAGGUUCCCGCUCAGCAUGAAGUCGACCCAACGAUGUAUGAAGAACUCAAAUUGGGACAAGAUGGAGCUGGUUUUAAGAGACUGAAACCCUAGUAUGAGGAUUCAGACGGUCAGGGAGUGGAGUCUCGGUUCUAGGAGUACUUGUCACAUAUUGUGAUAACAGUAGGUUAUUUAUUUUCGAAAGCAAAUUCAAACCUUCUGGAAUUUUGGUUGUGCGGUGUGAGAAAAUUUUUUGGCCAGUUUUGGGAAUUGCUUUCGAAAACCUCUUGGGUAGAUGAAUGAGACAGGUAUUGCAUAAGGUUUAUUUAAUGUUUAUACAAUACCUCAUUAAAUUAGUUCACUGUUAGUUUUACGAAAAAAUGUGAUUUAAUUUAAAGGAAAAUAAUAUAUUGAUUAGGGGUGAAGGAUAUACUGAAAAUGAACGAUUGUAUUUCGGUAGUAGCUAGAUGAAAUACUAGUAGAAAGGAUGACAAAAAAAAACAAAAUGCUUAAUGGAACCACUAUUUUAUCGAAGCCAUUGACGUGAGAAUUGAAAUAUAUCAAUGUAACGAUGAUCCUUCGACAAGUCAAACAAAAAAGAAGCACGAAAUAUCCAAAACAAUUCACUGCAUUUCCCAUUUCCCUUCUAAAAUGCGUAAAAGAGAAUGUUAAUCUAUGUUAUGAUUUAUUAAUGUUAUUCUCUAUGUGGAAAACGUGUAUUGAAGUAGAUACACGUAAAAUGUGCCUUCACUAAUCUAUUAUAGAAUAAUAUAUAGAUACAAUGUGUAGUAUUUGUUUCUCUGUACAUAAUUUUUAACGAUUUGUAAAAUAUAGUGACACAUCAGAUAGAUAUAUAGAAUAAAUACACACAAUACCAA